CGCAAGGACUUGCGUGCGCAUUCAAAAGUUGUGAUAAUGUGUUUUUUGCCCGUGGACAGUAUUUAAAUAUGUUGGAACGAAACCGGGCCGUGCCGUGAGUUUACGUCCGAAAAAACCGUACCGAAAUAUGUCCGAAGUGAAGCGUCCGACGUUGUCCUUAAACUCCAACAAGGUGGACGACCGUAGGUCAUCGAAUCACGUUAAAACGGUCAGGCUACACCUAGCCUUGCCCGAAUCUAACGAAGAUACAUACCCGGAGUACAACUACAAGGAAGAGCUCACCGCCUCGAAGAAAAAGGAUAAAAUAAAAUGUUUACCAUCACAAACGAAUGGGCUGGAUCCAUUCAACGAGGACGACGAUGACGUAAGAAGGAUAGCUCAAGAAAUGGAGGCCAAAUAUGGUGGUUUGAGCGGCCCUAAAAAACGUCGAAAAGGUCGAAGAGAUGAUUACGCCGAUAUCGGAAUGGGGUAUGACGAAUCCGAUUCGUUUAUAGACAAUACAGAUGGAUAUGAUGAGAUGAUUCCGCAGAAUGUCACCACAGUCCUUGGCGGUUUUUAUAUUAAUUCCGGCGAAUUGGAAUUUAAGGCGGUUGAUGAAGCAAGUUCGGAAAUCUCUUCCAGUUCAUCUUCUGGCGAUGAAGAUGAAGAAACACCAAAAGUUAAUGGCACAAAAAGGUUGUUAUCUUCUGAUUCUGAGGGAGAAAAAGAGACUGAAAACGAAAACGAUCUACCUAAAAAGAAACCUCGCCUGCAAAUUAACGGUGAUUUGAAAGAGAUUAAAAAGAAACCGAAUUCGCCCGAAAAAGUAAAAGAGGUUGAGAAGCAAAAGGAGGAGAAGAAAAAGUCGUCGAUUUCAGUUAAAGAAUUAUUAAAGGAGAAGAAGAACGAGACGAACCACGUCCGAGAAGAAUCACGAUUACCGGAAAAAAGCGAAAAAGAUGAAUCAAAGGAUUCAAUGAAGGAAAACAAGAAACCGUUACCUAUUGAUAAUAUCUCUGAUAUUAUUGAAGCUGUCGUUAAAAGUGCGGAGGAAAAGAAAAUAAAUGAAAAAAGUAGUUUAGAAAUAAAAAGUGGUAAUGAAAGAACAUCUCAAAUAGAUUUAGAUGAUGGCGAAAGCAAUAGUAAUGAUGGGAUAAUUUCAUUAGAAAACGUUGUAAAGUUACCUGAAAAUCUAUCGAAUGAAUUCUUAGAAAUUAUUGAUAAACUUAAACAAUUAGCUUGUAAUUCAACAGAUGGGAAAAGAAAAUUUUUUAGUGGACCUGUUAAUGAUCAUUUAUUAAAGUUAGGGCGAAGUUGCAGAAGUCUAGGAAAGCAAACCAGAUUAAAAAUUUAUGAACAUCUCGCUCCUUUCCUUAAUGUUAAAAAAGAAACGUUGGUUAAAAAAGUUAAGAACCUUCUUUUAGAAGAUGAUGAGAAAAAAACUGACACAGAAAGAACGACUCAAAUAAGUUUAGAUGAAGAUAGUAACAGUUUAGAUGGAAUUAUUUCAUUAGAAAAUGUUGUAAAGUUACCUGAAAACCUCCCAAAUGAAAUUGUAGAUAUUGUAGAUAAACUUAAAAGCUUUGAAAAGAUAAAGUUCUUUUCAGGACCUGUAAAUGAUUACUUAUUAAAGUUAGAGCGAAGUUGUAAAUGUCUUGGAAAACAGUCGAGAUUAAAAAUAUAUGAACAUUUAGCGCCGUUUGUUGGCGUUAAAAAAGAUAAUUUGAUUAAAAAGUCGAAAACACUUAUAUUAGAGGAUGAACAACAAAAAUUAAAAACUUUAUUAGAUAAUUUAAAAACAAAUAUUAACUCAACAAUGCCCGUUUUACUUCAAAAUUAUGAAAGAGACUGCCAGAAAGUUUUACAAAAAAAAUUUUCAAGGGAAUCUUUAACGAAUGAAGAAAACAAACAAUUACGUAUGCCAAAAAGAAAAUAUUCUUGGACGGAAGAUUUACGGCAACUAGUAAAAGAUAUUGUCUCAUUAAGGAGAAAAUGUUAUUUGUCAGAAGGUAAAAGCAAAGAUAAAUUAGAGUCGUUGAUGUUAAAUUAUUUAAAAUGUGAUUUACAACCACUUUGGCCUGAUGGGUGGAUAUCGAUGGCAGUUUUAAGUAAAGUUUGUAGCACAGUUCUUCAAACCAAUUCAAACAGUUCAAAUAAAAACGUUAAUCCAUCUGGUGUCGGUAGUAAUUUAUCAACAAAUUUAACUUCAACGUCAGAUAUCUUACCAUCUAAACAAAUUCAGUUAUUAUCAGCUAAUUCAAACUUAUCCAUAACACCAAUUAUGACAACAUCAUCACCAAAAAUAAACGAUACGAUAAAUUUAGUUGGUGUAAGUAAGAGUGAUAUAACAAUAAAUAAAAUUGAAAAUCCAAAAAUAAGCCCUAUAGGAAAUAAAAUUGUUGACGAAUUAAGAAGUUCAACCCCAUCACUUACAAUUACACCAACAACACCAUCAACAAGUAAUAAUAACGAUAAUAAAGAAAAACUAAUCGAAAAAGAAGAAAAAGAAAUUAAAAAAAUCGACGAUUUAAUUAUAAUUGAAGAUACGAUUCCGCCGAAACCAAAAAUUGAAAUGGUGAUAGAUUAUGGUAAAAAAGAGUCAACCCCAGAAAAACAACAAAUUAAAAAAACGGAAAAUUGUCAAAUAAUCGAUUUAACGGAACAAAUGAAAGCGGAAGAAAAACGAAGGAAAACUCAAAAACCAAAACAAAAAUAUUACGAAUCUAUAAAAGAUGAAUUUUCGAAACCUCAAAUUUCUUCAUUAGAAGAUUUACAUCUUCCCCAAAAUCUUUCAAAUAAACACGGUAAAAACGAAAUGGUCAAACAUGAAUUUUCGCGACCAAAAUCAACGGAAGGUGAUGAUAUACAAAAAGUUAUGGAAGAUUUAAAAGUUUUACAAAAAAUGUCUUCACCUGUAAAGGCUAAUGAAUCGUUAACGAGUUCUCCGGUUUCUGUUAUAGCAUACAAUAAAAGUUAUUCGCCCAAAAGUGUUUUAAAUCAAAGUGGAUCUGGGGGGCAUAGAACUGAGUUUAAAAGUGAAUUUGGUCCCGGAUUUCAAGAUGUCUUUCAAAGGCAGCUUUAUAAUGAAUUUUCUUUAAUGGGAAAUCCGAAUGUUCCAACUCCAACAAGUUCUAAAAGCCAUUAUAAUACUGACAAAUAUGUUCAUUCUUCAGCUACUGGAUUUAUUAAUGAUAAAUAUUAUGGAGGUUCAAAUAAUAAUUAUCAACAGAAUUCUAAUAAAUUAAAGAAUCUUCCACAACAAUCAGGUUCAUGUACAAUCUUGGACGAUAUGUUUGCAAAUUUCUUGACUGAAUACGGAUAUCCUAAAACAGGACAUUUACCUAAACAACAAAAAUAGUGAAGACUUCAAAUAAGUUAUGGAUUUUUUGUUUGGUCGACUGCCAUUUUUUAAAGUAUAUAAUGUUCGUUUUCCAUAAAAUUAAUUAAAAAAAAAAAUAAAAUAAAGAGAAACUUGUACAUUUUGUAGAUAUAUAAAGAGAUGCAUAAACAAAAAGAUAACAAAAAAUAAUGUACAUUAUAUAUUUGUAGCAUUCCUGUUUCUGUAAUUUAUUGCUCUAUAUAUAUAUUUUCUAAGAUAAUAAAAUUGUGAUGUUUUGAUAAGAAUGGGUUAAUUAACUAUUUUAUAAUAAUAAAUAUUAAAAUUGA